AUGUCUUCAAAGGAAAUUACUCAAGUAUUUGCAACUUACAAGAAGGCUCGGACCACUUUUGCGAAUAGCGUUGCUGAAUUGGUCAAACAGCCAAGACAUAUCGAGGCCAUGAUUCAACAAGAGACAGGAGUGUUGGAUUUGUUGCGUCCUCUCCUUUUGGACACAGAUCCUAGUGUACAACAAAAUGCUGCUUUGGCGUUGGGAAGAUUGGCCAAUUACAGUCCUCAACUAGCAGAGAAGAUUGUUGCAAGCGAGAUUGUACCUCAACUUGUGGCGUCAAUUUUGAAAAAUAACAAAUACUACCAAAGACAUGCUGCUUUUGUAUUGAGAGCAAUAGCCAAACAUGGACCAAGAUUAGCUCAAGCAGUUGUCGACUCGGGAGCUGUUGAUGCGUUAGUGAAAUGUUUGGAUGAGUUUGAUCCACUCGUAAAAGAAUCUGCAGCUUAUGCUAUUGGAAAUAUUUCAAUGCACAGUCCUGAGCUCGCACAAAUUUGUGUCGAUCAAGGUUGUGUUGGAUUGUUGUUGACUUGUGCACAACAACCAGAACAAACGCUGAAAAAGGUUGCCAUUUCAUCACUUGCCAAUAUUUGUAGUCACACUCCUGAAUUAGCACAAGCUGUGGUCGAUGCAGAGGGUAUUCCUGUAAUAACACCUCUUAUUCUCAACCCUGUAGUGAAACGUCAAGCUUGUCAAUGUCUUGCUUUCAUUGCCAAGCACUCGGUGGAAUUGGCAGAAUUAGUCGUGGAGGGAGAAAUAUUCCCAAAGAUUUUUGCCUUACUUCAAGAUCCUGAGGAUGAGAUUGUCAGAAAGAAUGCAGCCUCAUGUAUUAUGCAAGUCUCAAAACACAAUCCAGAGCUGGCAGCCUUAAUAGUCAAUGCAGGUGGCCUUCCAGCAAUUGUAGAUUAUGUCAGCAAUGCAGAGGGUGAUAACAAAUUACCGGGAAUUAUGAUUCUAGGAUUCAUUGCUGCAUUCCAAGAAACUAUGGCCACAGCUGUUAUUAAGGCCAAAUCUGUGCAACCACUAGGAAAUGCUUUGUCACCAUCAUAUUCAGAUCACUUGCGAGCUGCUGCCGCUUGGAGUUUAGGCCAAAUCGGAAGACAUACUUCUGAACAUGCCAAGGCUGUUGCCGAAGCUAAUAUUUUAACUUUGCUUAAUGAGGCAUUUUUGGAUGACAAAGCCUCUGAGGAUUUGAAGAGUAAAUCAAAGAGAGCUCUCAAAGCAAUUAUUCAAAAAUGUACAUAUCUGGACGCUCUCAAUCCAUUGCUUUCAGAAAAGGCACCACAAAGUAUAUUGAAAUAUGUUGUAAAGCAAUUUGAAGCACUGUUACCUGACGAUGUAGAAGCCAAGAAGCGGUUUGUCCAAAGCAAGGGCUUACAAAAGUUACAACUGAUCAAAACUGACGAAGAAGCUCUUCAAGAAAGUAUCAAAUUUAUCAACAACUUGUAUCCUGAUGAAUUAGUGAAGUAUUACACACCAGGUUAUGACAAGGAGCUGUUACAAAAAAUUGAUGAAUAA